AUGGCCACCAGUCAGAGCUCUUCAACAGGAUCUUUCCCGGACCGUUCAGAUCAGGAAACUGUCAGCCAGUUUUCGAGAUCUGUGACUGGCUAUGACCUUGACGCCAUUUCGAGGAUCGCCUCCUCUGUUUCUACCCCAGGACGACGGAGGGAAAGCCGAGGGGCCGCGCUGGAUACAAUUGCAGAAGCUGACCCGGCACUCGAUCCGACCAGGAAGGAGUUCGACCCGUACAAAUGGGCUCGUACCAAGCUGAAUCAGCUUGACGAGGAAGGCAUCUUGCGUAAGCAUGCGGGGGUGGUCUUCAAAAACCUCAACGUCUCCGGGUCCGGCGCAGCGCUGCAGCUUCAGGAAACAGUUGACUCGGCUCUGUUGGCUCCGUUCCGUCCGGACAUCUACCGAGGAGCCAUACAUUCGGCGCCCAAGAGGCAGAUUCUGCAUAAUUUUGAUGGUGUGCUGAGGAGCGGCGAGAUGCUCAUGGUCCUCGGUCGACCGGGCAGCGGCUGCUCAACGUUCCAGAAGACAAUCUGUGGUGAAUUGCACGGGCUUGAGUUGCAUCCGGAGUCGGUCAUGCACUACAAUGGAAUCCCCAUGAAGACGAUGCACAGAGAGUUUAAGGGCGAGUGCGUCUACAACCAGGAGGUGGAUAAACAUUUUCCACAUUUGACCGUCGGUGAGACUCUGGAAUUUGCCGCCUCGGCCAGGACACCAUCUCAUCGGUUGGCGGGCGAGUCUCGCAAGCAAUAUGUCAAAGAAAUGACACAGGUCGCCAUGGCAGUGCUGGGCCUGUCCCAUACUUAUAACACCCGAGUUGGGGAUGAUUAUAUCCGAGGAGUAUCUGGUGGAGAGCGAAAGCGUGUCAGUAUCGCAGAGAUGGCGGUCGCACGAGCUCCUCUUGCGGCUUGGGAUAACAGUACACGAGGUCUUGAUGCUGCCAGUGCUCUGGAAUUUGUGAAAGCAUUGAGAAUAUCAGCCGAUUUAACUGGAAGCUGCCAUGCUGUAGCCACCUACCAGGCAUCUCAAGCAAUUUAUGACGUAUUCGACAAGGUGAUUGUCUUGUAUGAAGGCCGCGAAAUCUACUUUGGGCCAUGCAAACAGGCAGAGAAAUAUUUCAUCACGAUGGGUUGGGUCAACCCGCCGCGACAGACUGUUGGAGACUUUCUUACUUCUGUUACUAACCCUCAAGAGCGCAAGGCUCAAGAAGGGAUGGAGGAUACGGUUCCGCGGUCCCCGGAAGAGUUCGAGAGGUACUGGAAGAAAAGCCCGGAAUACGCUGCCCUUCUGGAAGAAAUUAAACAGUACGAGUCUGAAUACCCUCUCGGGGGCCACGGGCAAGAAGAUGUCACAGCUGGGAAGCGCAUGGAGCAGGCAAAGCACGUCCGGCCAGGGAGUCCAUAUCUCAUCUCCGUUCCAAUGCAACUCAAACUGUGCAUGAUAAGGGCCUAUCAGAGGAUAUGGAACGACAAAGCUUCAACACUGACGUUGCUUGUUGGUCGAAUCGUUAUGUCUUUGGUUGUUGCAUCGAUUUUCUUCGGCACUCCAGAUGCCACUGCUGGUUUCUUCGCCAAAGGUUCACUGCUCUUUUUUGCCACCCUACUCAAUGCCCUGAUCAGCGUAACGGAAAUUAAUUCCCUCUAUGAUCAGCGUCCUAUUGUGGAGAAGCAAGCUUCCUAUGCCUUUGUCCACCCUUUUGCAGAGGCCUUUGGGGGGAUAAUUGCGGAUCUACCCAUCAAGCUUAUUUCUGCAGUGUUGUUCAAUGUGACUAUCUACUUCCUUGGCAGUCUGCGCUAUACUGCAUCCCAAUUCUUCAUCUUCUUUCUCUUCAGCUUCCUUUCAACUAUGAUUAUGUCGGCAGUCUUCCGUACGCUGGCCGCAUUGACGCGAAGUGUUGCCCAGGCCAUGGCUUUGGCUGGACUCAUGAUCCUAAUCAUUGUCAUCUAUGCAGGAUUCGUUAUCCCAGCGCCGGAGAUGCAUCCCUGGUUUUCCUGGUUGCGAUGGAUCAACCCGCUCUUCUAUACCUUCGAGAGCCUCAUUUCCAAUGAAUUCCAUGGACAAAGUUUCGAGUGUUCGCAGUUUAUUCCUGGGUACCCAAGCUUGUCUGGUGAUGCCUUUAUUUGCUCUGUGCCUGGGUCCGUGGCAGGAGCAAGAACUGUGUCUGGUGAUUCCUUCAUCUACGAGCAGUACCGCUACAGCUACUCUCACGAAUGGAGAAAUCUCGGCAUCCUCAUUGGUUUCUGGAUAUUCUUUACUUGCAUGUACCUCAUUGCCACAGAGAUGAAUUCCGCCACGUCGUCCACAGCUGAAUUUCUCGUCUUUCGUCGUGGUCACGUUCCUGCUUACAUGAAACCGACUAUUCAUGAUACAGAGAAGACUCCCGCGUCCCAGACACUGGCGCUGGAGUCGCCAGCGGAGAACGGAGAGCCCGUCGAUUUAAGUACGAUCAUCCCCGAACAGCGGAGCAUCUUCACCUGGCAGGACCUCUGUUACGAUAUCCCGGUAAAAGGCGGACAGCGCCGCCUUCUCGAUCAUGUUGACGGCUGGGUCAAGCCAGGGACUCUUACAGCUUUGAUGGGCGUGUCAGGAGCUGGAAAAACCACAUUGCUGGACGUUCUUGCACAGCGGGUCUCAAUCGGGGUGGUUACUGGGGAUAUGUUGGUCAAUGGAGGGUCUCUCCCAGCAAGCUUUCAACGACAAACCGGGUACGUGCAGCAACAGGAUCUCCACCUCGCUACAUCUACUGUACGAGAGGCUCUAAGAUUCAGUGCAAUGCUGCGGCAGCCUAAGAGCGUUUCCAAGGCAGAGAAGUAUAACUACGUGGAACAGGUCAUCAAAAUGCUGAAUAUGAAGGAUUUUGCAGAGGCUGUCGUCGGUACGCCAGGAGAAGGCCUCAACGUGGAGCAGCGGAAACUCUUGACUAUUGGAGUUGAACUUGCAGCCAAACCCCAACUUCUCCUAUUUCUUGAUGAACCGACAAGUGGCCUAGAUUCGCAGAGUGCAUGGUCUAUUUGCGCCUUUCUCCGCAAGCUCGCAGAUAACGGACAGGCGGUUCUUUCCACAAUUCACCAGCCAAGUGCCAUUCUCUUCCAGCAGUUUGAUCGUCUUCUCUUCCUGGCCAAAGGUGGGAGAACAGUUUACUUUGGUGACAUUGGGGAGCAGUCCAGAACACUGCUAGAUUACUUCGAGCGAAACGGAGCAAGGAAGUGUGACCCAUCCGAGAAUCCUGCCGAAUACAUGUUGGAAAUCAUUGGCGCAGGGGCGGCUGGUCAAGCUACCAAAGACUGGCCGGUAGUUUGGAAAGAAAGUCCCGAAGCGCGCGAAGUAAAAGACGAAUUAGGUCGCAUCCGUGCCACGCAAUCUGUUCCUAAUGGUGGCCCUGCACCGAUUGAGAAAGUGUCUGACGAACAAGGAGAAUAUGCCAUGCCGCUCACUGCUCAGUUGUGGUGGGUUACUCGCCGGGUAUUUGAGCAGUACUGGCGUGAUCCUGCCUAUAUCGGGGCAAAGUUCAUGCUAGGCGUCGUUUCGGCUUUGUUCAUUGGCUUUUCCUACUUCUUGCCAGGACAAUCGAUUCAGGGGAUACAGAACCGUCUAUUCAGUUCCUUCAUGCUGACUUCAAUCUUCUCCACAUUGGUCCAACAAAUAAUGCCCAAGUUUGUCACUCAGCGCUCGUUGUAUGAGGUUCGUGAACGGCCAUCCAAAGCUUACUCAUGGGUGGCGUUCGUUGUCUCGAAUAUCGUCGUGGAGAUCCCUUACCAGACCAUUCUCGGAGUUCUAGUCUGGGCGAGUUACUACUAUCCGAUUUAUGGUGCAAAUCAGAGCUCGGAUAAGCAGGGGCUAAUGCUACUAUUUGUGAUUCAAUUCUUCCUCUUCACCUCGACCUUUGCAGACCUGGUGAUCUCAUCCUUGCCAGAUGCCGAAACUGCAGGAACCGUUGCAACAUUGUCCUUUGCCCUGAUCCUAACGUUUAACGGAGUCAUGCAGACCCCAACAGCACUCCCCGGAUUCUGGAUAUUCAUGUACCGUGUCUCGCCCCUAACCUACUUGAUCGCUGGAAUGUGCGGCAAUGCACUUCACGGGCAGAGUGUUCAAUGUUCUGGCAAGGAGCUCAGUGUAUUUUCUCCGCCUCAAGGUCAGACAUGCGGUCAAUACCUAGCGGAUUGGUUGAGUGUAUCGUCAGGCCAACUCUACAACCCCUCUGCCACGACGAGUUGCGAGUUCUGCGCUUUUACUGCCGCAGACCAGUAUCUGUCUCUAAGCAAGAUCGACUACAGCCAACGCUGGCGCAACUUCGGAAUUGGCUGGGCCUAUAUUGGUUUUAACAUUGCAGGGGCUGCAAUCGUCUACUAUGUUUUCCGUGUUCGCCACUACAAACCCACAUUGCUUCCGGGAGUAGUGACUGCCUGCGGAAAGAAGAAGAUCCGGAAGCGUCCCGCAAGAGAAGAAGGCUGA